AACAAAACCAAAUGGACAGCGAAAUGCCAAGUGGCUUGCCAUGAAGCCAUGAGUUUCCCUCUCCAGCUUCGUUCUUUAUUUCCUUCUCGUCGACUUCUUCUUCAUCAGGCCUUCUACCAACAAAUCAUCCCAACAAGAAACUUCGCCAUGGACUCACGGAACCAUUCCCAAGAUAGUAAGGAGAGUACAGUGGAUGAGACGAGGGAAAGUUGCGCCAAAGGAGCGUGCGAUUAUACUUCAGUGAAGCACGCUUCUCAUAUUAUCCCUCACCUUCUUAAGUUAUAUGGAUCUUGUGCCACCGCUCGUGACUUUGAAAUCUAUGCUCCGGGUGCUUCCUUUGAGGACCCGCUUAUGUGUGCUCAGGGGGUGCCCCAGAUCAAAUCAGCAUUCUAUUCGCUUUCCAAGGUUUUUAGUGAGUCAAAAAUUACUGAAUACAGUGUCAAAGAAAACGUUAUUUCACCUCAGAAGCUAGAGAUACUAAUCGACAAUAAGCAACAUUACAAGUUUUUGGGGAGAAACAUAGAUAUGAUCUCACUUAUUAAGCUGCAUGUAGAGGAUGGAAAAAUCGUUCGACAUGAAGAUUGGUGGGACAAGAAGCCUCUCCGAAAUAGAGAAACGUUUAAGCUGCCGUUGGUUGGCCAUAUAUUGGAAAUGAUUCGCAGAGGUUCAAUGCUAGCAACUCAUGCUAUGAUGGGGUUCGGAAAAGAUCCAUCCAGCUAAGUUCUUCUCAAAAACUAAGACAGAAAUAUUAUAUAUCCUCCAGAUUUCCAUCGAGCUCGGCUCUGGAUUCUCUUGGUAUCAGAAAUUUGGACAAUAAUUAGCAUUUCAAGGUAGUAUACAAUAUGGUGUGUAAUCAUUUAGUGCCAAGUCUUCGUUUUUACAUGUGUAUAUGUUUGUAAUCUUCCCAAAUGAAUUAACUUUUUCUUUUUGGGGCAAUAUGUCAUGGUGGCCAUUUUGCAGAAUGAACCUGCUUUCCCUUCUUCUAAAUUGUGCAAAUACUUUCAGACUGAGAUAAUAUAAUGACUGCAAUUGCAGCGUGAAGCUUUUUGAUUUGUUA